CCGCCACACCUCCAACCCACUUCCGGCUCGCUGCCAGGUCCAAACAUGGCUUUCCAGGAUCCCCUCCCACUUUCCUGCACGUGCUGGCUUAAAUGCCCGCCUGGGAGAGGGACAGCAUAAGUGUCCGACCCGUCCCUCCCAAAAGGAGGCGAUUGGAACAAUUAGUUCCGCUUUCCCUGGAGCUCGAAUCCCUAGUGGUCCGCUGGAAUCCUGUGGUUCUUAUUGUUAUCAGACGGAGUUUUGCCUCGCCGGUAUUCCCCAACUCCCGGUUCUGUGCACCAAUGAGUCAGACUCUUCGGAUUCUCUCCCGACAGGAAAUUUGGAAGCCAAUGGUUGUUUCCGGGAGGAGCGGAGAAGAAGACGCUCACUUCCGGCGGAAGGAGGCUUUUCUGGAGGGAUGGAGGAGGCAGAGGAGCUGCUCUCUGGGGGCGAGAGACUGCAGUGCGCCCCCGACCCGCGCCUGGGCCCGGAAUUAGGAUGGAUCCCUUCUGGACAAGGCUUUGCUCGAGGCCUCAAAGAUUUCCCGCCCGGGCCGACCCGGGCCUUCCUCGCUCUAAAGAGCCUUCCCCGGGGCUUGGCCCUUGGCCCUUCACUCGCCGAGGAACCGUGUUUGGGGGUCUGGUGUGUCGGGGAGCCCCUGCAGCCGGGACUGCUCUGGGGGCCUCUGGAAGAGGAGUCUGUCACCGAGCAGAAGGAGGAAGGAGUGAAACUACGGCUGGAGGAGGACGUGUCACUAGGCCCAUGGGGAGACGUGUGUGCUUGUGAGCAGAGUUCAGGCUGGAUCAGUCUGGUGCAGCAGGGCAGGCUGGAAGGUGAGGGAAACGUAGCCCUGGUGCGGAUCAACGAGAAGCUCCAUCUGCAGGUGUACCGCGUUGUGCUGCCAGGCUUUGAGUUGCUGCUGUGGCCCCAGCCUCGGUCUGAUGGCCUGAGCCCCACCCAGCCCAGGCUAGAAGAAGAGGCAGCCAUGGCUGUGGUGACAGAAGUGGACUCCGCUUCACAGCAGGAAGUGGACUCCCCUGGGGAGGAUGCAGCAGAACCUUGGACAGAUCCCAGUCACCAGUCACCCCCCAGCAUCCAGGCAGAGAAUAUGGUAAGCCCCGGACCUAAGCCUCAAACCCAGGAUCAACUUCCCGAGGAGAGCCAACCACUUGGCCUGCUCCCUCGGGGUGGCAGCAUGGAUGAGGAGGAUCCACCCCAGACACAGAUGUCACCUGAACCUCAGAGCAGCUCCACUACCCAGCAGGGCCCAGAGAGUAGUGAGGCCAGUUCCUCGUCUUCUGCCAGGGCCACCCACCUGCAUGCUUACCUGGUCAAGAAGUUAUGUGGCCCCAGUGAGCAGUGCCCACCCAGAGCAAAGACCUCGGAGUUCAGGGCCCAGCAGGCUGGGGAGCAGCAACAGGCCGGCCUCCCUGCAUGCUUGCGGAGCCCUCCUGGCCCAGGAGGAAGCCCCCCAAAACAGAGACGACGGUACCGGUGUGGGGAGUGUGGCAAAGCCUUCCUGCAGCUGUGCCACCUGAAGAAGCAUGCGUUCGUGCACACAGGCCACAAACCCUUCCUUUGCACUGAGUGUGGCAAGAGCUAUAGCUCAGAGGAGAGCUUCAAAGCCCAUAUGCUGGGCCACCGCGGAGUGCGACCCUUUCCUUGUCCACAAUGCGACAAGGCCUACGGCACCCGGCGAGACCUCAAAGAGCACCAGGUGGUACAUUCAGGUGCCAGGCCCUUUGCCUGUGACCAGUGCGGCAAGGCCUUUGCCCGCCGGCCCUCCCUGCGACUGCAUCGCAAGACCCACCAGGUGCCGGCUGCCCCUGCCCCGUGCCCGUGCCCUGUGUGUGGGCGCCCCCUGGCCAACCAGGGCUCUCUGCGCAACCACAUGCGACUCCACACAGGAGAAAAGCCCUUCCUGUGCCCGCACUGUGGCAGGGCGUUCCGCCAGCGGGGCACCUUGCGUGGUCACUUGCGGCUGCACACGGGGGAGCGUCCUUACCGCUGCCCGCACUGUGCCGAUGCCUUUCCGCAGCUGCCUGAGCUGCGGCGCCAUCUUAUCUCUCACACCGGGGAGGCCUACUUGUGCCCUGUGUGUGGGAAGGCCCUCCGAGACCCACAUACACUGCGUGCUCAUGAGCGUCUGCACUCAGGGGAGAGGCCCUUCCCGUGCCCCCAGUGUGGCCGUGCUUACACACUGGCCACCAAGCUGAGGCGCCACCUCAAGUCCCACCUGGCCGACAAGCCCUAUCGCUGUCCCACCUGUGGCAUGGGCUACACCCUCCCCCAGAGCCUCAAGCGGCACCAGCUCAGUCACCAGCCUGGGGCACCCUCCAGCCCACCCAGUGUGCCACCUGCUGCUUCCGAGCCCACCGUGGUACUGGUGCAGACUGAGCCAGAACUGCUAGAUACAUGCAGCGAACAGGACGUCUCCCCAGCCCAGGACGUCUUCGAGGUCACCAUUUCUGGGAGCCAGGAGAAGUGCUUUGUGGUGCCUGAGGAGCCAGGCCCCGCCUCCAGCCUGGUGCUCAUUCAUAAGGACAUGGGCUUUAGUGCCUGGGCAGAAGUGGUGGAGGUGGAGACGGGCACCUGA